CAUCGCUAAGGAGCUACAAGAUCCAGGCAUCUAGCAGCAUAUACUCUCACUGUCAGCAUGGGCGGCACCCCAGCCAUAACCACCAUGGUGAGUCCCCGUAAGCCCGUGGUGCUCUACCCGUCCCCGGGCAUGGGGCACCUGGUCUCCAUGAUCGAGCUCGGCAAGCUCUUCACGGCUCGCGGACUACUCGUCACCAUCGUGGUCAUCGAUCCGCCCAACAACACGAGCGCCACGGGGCCCUUCCUCGCCGGCGUCUCCGCGACCAACCCGUCCAUCUCUUUCCACCGUCUGCCGCAGGUCAAGCUCGCGGAGGCCGAGCUCCCCGAGAUGAUAACCUUCCACCUCGCCCGCCUCUCCAACCCGCACCUCCGUGACUACCUCGCUCGCACCUCGCCGGCCAUCCUCGUGGUCGACUUCUUCUGCAGCGCCGCCAUGGACGUCGCCGCAGAGCUUGACAUUCCCGCCUACUUCUUCUGCACCUCUGGCGCCCAGGUCCUGGCUUUCUUCAUGCAUCUCACGGCCCUGCACCGCGAAAGCACGGCGAGCUUCCGGGAGAUGGGCGAAGAACUCGUGCAUGCGCCAGGAAUCACCCCGUUCCCAGCGUCGCACUCCAUCCAGCCGCUCAUGGACCGUCACGGCCCGGCCUACAAGGAACUCCUGGAUGUGAGCGCCAAGCUUUUUCGGUCCCAGGGCAUCAUCGUCAACACAUUCCGCUCGCUCGAGCCGCGCGCCUUCGACACGAUCGUCGCCGGACUCUGCACACCACCCGGUCUCUCGACGCCUCCAAUCUACUGUAUCGGGCCACUGAUCAAGUCGGAAGAGGUGGGCGUGAAGCGCGGCGACGAGUGCCUUGCGUGGUUGGACACGCAGCCCAAAGCAAGCGUGGUGUUCCUCUGCUUCGGCAGCCUCGGACGUUUCAGCGCCAAACAGACCAGGGAGGUGGCGGCCGGGCUGGAGGCCAGCGGCCAGAGGUUCCUGUGGGUCGUGCGGAGCCCGCCCAGCGAGAAAGACUCGGCGAAGACCAAGUUCGAGAAGCCAGCGGAGCCGGACUUCGACGCGCUCCUCCCCAAGGGUUUCCUGGACCGGACCAAGGGCAGGGGGCUCGUCGUCAAGUCGUGGGCGCCGCAGCGCGACGUGCUGGCGCACGACGCGGUGGGAUGCUUCGUGACACACUGCGGCUGGAACUCGGUGCUCGAGUCGAUCAUGGCGGGCGUGCCAAUGCUGGCGUGGCCGCUCUACGCGGAGCAGAAGAUGAACGUGGUGUUCUUGGAGCAGGAGAUGAGGCUGGCCGUCGCGAUGAAAGGGUACGACAAGGAGCUCGUGGAGGCCAAGGAGGUUGCCGCGAAGGUCAGGUGGGUGAUGGACUCGGAGGGCGGGAGGGUGCUCCGGGAGCGCACUCUGGCGGCGAUGCGGCAGGCCAACGACGCUCUGCGCGAGGGAGGGGAGUCAGAGGCAACGUUGGCGGGCCUGGUGGAUGCAUGGGUUCAUGCUUGAGAUGAACCGAAAUGGGUAUACUCACUUGUGCAGGACAGACGAGAGAUGUCUAUUAUUGCAACAUCGUCUAGCCACCAUGAGCAACCUGUCGUUGCCAUCGGACACCGACAACGA